GCAAAAGUAGGCGUCGCAGUUUUAAGACGUUACUGCUGAGCAGAGGAGAUGGCAACGUUUUACAUUUCGACUCUAAAUAGAAAAUACGACACCGAAUUGCAAAAACAAGGCGUGCAACUUGUUCGCUAUCGUCCGCGUAUUCAGAAUAUGUCAUUUCUAUAAUUAUUGCAUGUUCCAUUUAGGUAUUAACGAGCAAAUUCCGAAUCUUUAAUAUUAAAGCUAACUAACGUUACAUCACACUGGACUUUGGCAGUGUUGUCACACUGACUGCACAGCCCUAUGUUGCCGUUGAUAUACGUGUUCAUGUUGGGGAGAUUGCGAGCAAUACUGGUGUUAUAAAGAUGAAGUUGUCUUCUAUUGUAGUAACAUUGCUAUUAACGGUGGGUGUUUCUUAUUACAUCUAUACACCGUUACCUGCUGCCAUCGAGGAUCAUAUGAAACUGAUGCUGUUGGACGCCUUAUUCCGUGCUAUGCUGCAAGUGGGUGACCUGUGCCAGUGUCUGGGUCUCAGUCACCACAUCACAGUGAUUCGGGGGUCCACAUUGGGGCUGGGGUCCCCGGGGGAGAUGGCGGGAGGACAGGGAGGCGGGAUGAGGGUGAGUGACGUGGACUUUGAUAGAGUCCCGGUGCGCGUGUACGAGCCCGCCGAGGGGGGAGGAGACAGGGGUCUGAGGAGGGCUGUGAUGUUCUACCAUGGAGGAGGAUGGGCCCUGGGGACCACCAAGAUGGGGAGCUAUGAUGUCUUGUGUAGGCAGAUGUCUGAUGAGCUGAAUGCAGUGGUUGUGUCUGUUGAGUACCGUCUGGCUCCAGAAGUGCAUUUCCCUGUGCAGUAUGAGGACUGUCUGGCUGCGGCCAAGCACUUCUUGGAGCCGGGCAUUCUGGGAAAGUUGUCUGUGGAUCCACAGCGCGUGGCCGUGUCAGGCGACAGCGCUGGAGGAAACCUGGCUGCAGCGGUCGCACAGCAGAUCUCGGUAGAUGACAGUGUGAGUGUGAAGUUCAGUGUUCAGGCGUUAAUCUACCCAGUCCUCCAGGGUAUAGACCUCAACACUCCAUCCUACCAACAGAACCACAACAUGCCCAUGCUACACCGCUCUAUGAUGGCCAGGUUCUGGCUGCUCUACCUGGGGGUUGAUACCUCUCUCCAUCCCCUCCUCUUGUCCCCCUCCUUCCUCCAUCAUCCAUCCAUCCCUCCCUCCCUCCGCUCCCAUCUCAACUGGACCAACCUUCUGCCAGCCAAACACAUGAAGCAUUACAAGCCUGUUGGCAUGGAGAUGGGGUCACAGGAGGUCACAGGGCAGGAGGGUGAUAUUCUGUCGGGGUUGCUGGAUGUCCGAGCGGCGCCACUGAUGGCGGAUCAGGGGGUUCUGGGUAGAACGCCGCGAGCUUACAUUGUAACAUGUGAGUACGAUGUGCUCAGAGAUGAUGGGUUGAUGUACACCAGGAGGCUACAAGACGCUGGCGUCGCGGUUUCCAGCCAUCACUAUGACGAUGGUUUCCACGGCGCCUUGAGUUUUGCUCACUGGCCGUUUUUCUUCGAUGUGGGGGAAAGAAUGAUCAGAGGAUACAUGGACUGGCUGCAGGAAAACCUCUAGAGUGUGUGUGUGUGUGUGUGUGUGUGUGUGUGUGUGUGUGUGUGUGUGUGUGUGUGUGUGUGUGUGUGUAGCUGCAAACACAAAGCCAUCUUGCAGUCAGAAUUUCAGACCAAUGUCCAGGUUAGACAAGCAGAUAAGGCUUUUAAACUGGGUUCAACCUGAUUGUUGACCUCGGUUAGAAUGUCUCUCUUACUGGGUUAAACUGGAUCAAACUGGGUUGGACUGGUGUUUUAAACUGUGUUAGAAUGUAAGAAUAUAACACAGACACCAUUCCCUGAUUGUAGCUGUUUGCACUCUGGGGUGUGUGUGUGUGUGUGUCACAAUAAGUUUGGUUCAGUUAAACCCAGACACAUGUCAUCCUAUCCCAGCUCUGCUCACCUGACCUGAACAAUACAUAUGCAGUAUGUUAUCGGUCUGUCAAACUAAUACUCUAAAAUAAACUUCCAUCUAAGCCAAUCAAUGCGCAGUGUUAGAAUGUAGUAAUCUGGGUAAUGGAAAAACAAUGAGGACUUAAAAGGUAGGGUCAUACAACACGAUCCCCUGGUGCUGUAAAAACAAUAACAAAACUUGAAAAUGAGGUAUGUUCUUUAGACAGGGUAUUGGGUGAGCACUUUUCAACCCACAACACUGAGAGCUUGAUUGUUUUCCACUGAACAGAAUGAUCUCAGUUGUCCCCAGUAACUGCUGCUGGUACUUUAUGUACAAUUAUGAUUGUAAUGGUUGAUAGAUGUUUUAACCCUCCAAUAAAUAUUGAUCAGUUUGA